CAAUCAAGGGGAUGCGUCGAUAGGGUGCGUUCACAAGUAUAUAAACUCGUCCCGACAGCAUUAGCGGGCAAUCUGAACUUCUGAAAGGUUUAACCAUACCUAAAGGAAUAUUUUAAAAGUGAUAUAAUACGAGGAUAAAGAAUUUCAAGUAUAAAAAAAAAUUUAAAUAUACAUAUGGAUGAUAUAUUUGAUAGAUAAUUAUUAAAAGAAUAUCAACGUAAAAGAAAAUAAACAAGUGUUUGUUUUAUUUUUUUGAAGGGACAAAUAAAAAGAAUUAUUAAAAUUCGAGGAUCUUUCGUUCGAUAAUUAUUCUCGAUCGUAAUCAAACUCUCUCUUUCAUCUUUCGUCUACGUCUACUUAAAUAAAAUCUAAGAUGAAAUCUUUCAAUCUUGUGAUACUUGUUACUAUUUUUGGUAUCACUAUAAUCCAAUGCGAACCGGAACCAAUGGCUAUACCAAUAAAACCUAGAGUUUUUACAAGUCCUGAAGAAUUGCGAAAAUAUGUAGAUCUCGUGAAAGAUCAUUAUUUGUAUAGUGGAAAGGCAAGGUAUGGAAAAAGGGAAGGAGUUAAUACAUUACCUCAAUUUUAUUUAGGAUACCCAUGGAAUAAUUUAAGAUUUCUACCUGAUAUUCAUCAUAAUUAUCAACAAUUAAAGGAAGAUAAAAGCAAACCAAUUACAGGACAAGUUAUUCGUAACUUUCAAGAUUCUGAUUUGAGAAAAGAAAUAUUUUUAAGUAAUCCGGCAGUAAACUUUAGUGACAUGAUUGAUAAAUAUUACGAUGAUACUGAGUAAACACACGAUGGUAUGAAUUUUCGAUGUAGGAAACAUUCUAAGUUUAACUAUUUCUUUGAAAGGAUCGUAUUUUCUUUCACAACUAGUCAAAGUAAUGACAGUUUUAUAAAACUAAUGAUUGGCAAAACUAGUACUCUUUUACACCUCGCUUUAGAUGCUUCUAUAAUAGAGAAUAUAAUUCAUUUUUAACAUUGUCUUCAUUCUGUAACAAUUUUUUUAAUAUCAUCGCAAUUUAUCGUAAAAUUAAAUUCAUUUAUCAAAAUUACGACAAUUUGGAAUAAGAAAAUGAAUUAGAUAAGAUGAAUUGAUUUAACAUUUAAAUUACGAAAGUACAUAUAUAUAUAUAUGCAAGAUUUAAUUAUCAAUAAAUAACUAUUAAUUUCAUGUAUUAAAGAUACUGUUUGAGAUGGUAUUAAAAAAAUAAAUAAACAGGAAUGAUCUAGGAUUAUGUGGAUUGUAUUAUUAAAUACGCUUUAUUAAAAUGAUCUUCGAAGUUCUGUGUUCUUAAACAGGAAGUUAAAUUUGAAGUCAAAGAAGAUAAUAAUUCGUUGCUGUGGAUAUGUAUGGAAAUAUAAGAUUAAUUAAAAGUUGUGAAUAAAUCUUUAUUUAAUCAAUACAAUAAGAUUAUUGGAAAAAGCAGUAAAUUUCUCCAAGUUAUAAUAAAUGAAUGUUUAAAAGCAUUAUUUGCAAAAAAUUCAAUAUAUCAUUUAUACAAUUUUAAAUAAUGACACGCUGAAAUAAUUUUAAAAAAUAUGUAAAUAAUAAGAAUAAUAGAAAUUAUUCAA